AGAACUUCAACAACAGUUCUUCAUCCACACUCUACUCCAUCAUCAUCGUCUGAUCCUGCUCCUCAGUAGCUAUGACUUUACUGCUCAAAGUGCUGGGAGCCGCGCUCUGCGUCCUGACGGUUUCCUCUGAAGUCGUACCCCAGGCAGACUUCAACUUACAGGGGAUGACGGGGAAGUGGUACCUGAUUGGAUUUGCCACUAAUGCCCAGUGGUUUGUCAGCCGCAGAACCAGCAUGAAGUCGGGCACAGCCCUGUUGACCCCAACCGCUGACGGGGACCUGGACAUGUCCUUCGCCAGUCUCAACUCUGACGGCUCUUGCUGGAGACUGAACAACCUGGCCAAGAAGACUGACGUGCCCGGAAAGUUCACAUACACAAGUGCGCGCUGGGGGAAUGAGAAUGACAUGAGCAUGGUUGAUGUGAUGUAUGACGAGUACGCCCUGGUUCACACCAUUAAGGCCAAGGCGAGCGAUCCCACCGUUGUCAACAAACUAUACGGCCGUGGAGUCGACCUCAACGCUGAUGUGCUGGAGAAGUUCAGGCAGUUCUCCUUGGAGACCGGCGUCCAGUCUGAAAAUAUUGUUUUCCUUCCCAAAAAUGCGGAGUGCCCAGCUGCUUAAUUUUCUGCCCCAGUCUGAAAACUUUACUGUUAAUGACUAUUUGACAUCUAUUGAGGUCACUCGUGAUUUGAGAAAUAAAAAUGCUCUGCUUUGAAUAAUAA